AUGGCAUCGACUCAGUCGAUCCUCGAAAAUGUCUUUGGCAUGUUAGGCAUCAUCUUCUGGAGCUUUCAAUUGCUGCCCCAGGUCAUCGACAAUCACAAGGCAAAGUCAACCGAGGGUCUGUCCUACUCUAUGUUUUUCAUCUGGGUUCUGUGUGCCCUCGGCUUUGGUUCAUAUGGUAUUGUCGAGAACUUGUCGAUACCGAUCAUCGUGCAGCCUCAGAUCUUUGGUUCCCUCUCUGCGCUGUGCUAUCUGCAGUGUCUUCACUAUGGCAAGCAAACCAGAUGGUCCUUGAGAAAGACCGCCGUCGCUGGUGUUCUCAUGUUUGUGGUCAUGGCGGGAAUUCAGGUCGCGGCUGUUUAUGCUACCAGGGCUGGCAAGGAUCAUCAGGUGAAGGGCACGACUGAAGCUGCUGGGAUCGUCCCGAUCAUCCUGCUUGCCAUGGGAUUCGUGCCCCAGUACAUCGACAUUUACAGAGACAGGUCCGUCGUUGGAGUGAGCAUGGCCUUCAUUGCCGCAGAUGCCGGGGGUGCGGUGUUCUCGAUCAUCAGUCUGUGCUUUCGCGAAACGCUCGAUUUGCUGGCAACCUUGAACUAUGUUGUGGUGCUGAUCUGCGACCUAAUCAUCGUUGGCCUCUAUGUCCACUACAACAAAUUGAACCCUUCGCUGGCACGGGUUCGGGAUACCACAGACCGAUGCGGCGCAGAAUACGAUGUGGAGAAGGCGACAGUGGAGACAGAGUCGGCGGUUACGGCCGUUGUGGCGCACGAGAGGAUUCAUUCAUCAGCAGACGAAGAGGGCCUUGACAAGCGACUGGAUCAACGGGAACAACAGACAGCGCCUGAGCAUCAUCGUCAUCACGCGUUUCAUAUGCAUGGUACCACUGUUCCGAACCAUCUUUACGCCAAGCCAGUAGUAGUGCAGUCGCAGCGCUCGCUAUCGAGUGAAGACACCGUCGUAACUUCCUGA